GGGGAGUGGAGAGAGAGAUUUUUUGUUUAGAAGUCAAAAACGGCGCGGGACAGGUCCCGGCUAGUAUCAAAAACAUCAAAGAAAUCUGCUCGUCAUCCACUAAGCACAAAGGAUCCGAAGCAAUGAAGCCCCUUCCUCCAAAUAGCUUUGCUCCAGCGGCCCAGUAACUGCCCAGCAGUGUCAAAGCCCGGAAGUAGGCAGUCCAAGCAAAAAAGUCCAAUUUGGGUUCAGGGUCCAGGCCAAUAAAGGCCCAUUGCCCAAGCCCAAAAGUCAAGCCAAAUUCCAAGCGGAACAAGAGUUCCGCACUUCCGCACCAGAUGCCAGCUGCAGCAGAAGAAUCAGCCCAAAGUAGCGGCCCAUCAUCAGCCCACCGUGGCAAACCCUAAUCGCUACAGGUAGCGCCACUUUUGCGCCGCAGCUCAGUUGGCAUAAUUCAAAAUUCAAACCAUUGGAACAGUACACUGGCGUGGACAGGUUGGCAUGUGGUCCAAUCAACGACUGGCUGUCGUUUACUAUUCUGCUCGUCGUCCCCGGCAAAGCUCCGGUCAAUGCAACAGUCGCCGGCAUAAAUUUCCCACCUCAACCACGUUUGCACGCAGUCCAUAGUCGUCCACCAUAGCCCCCCACCACCAACCACCCCACCUGGUCCCCGGAAACUACCAAGUGCAACAGUGGCCGUUGGUAAGAGCAAGUAACACAGCCGGAAAAGGUAAUAAAGCCAAAACGUUGCUCCGUCCUCCACCUCCUACCCCCGUUGGACCCCGGCAACCCCCAACGGUGACGGUAGACAGCCUCGGAAGGCGUUUUGACAGUAGCCGAAAACGAUAGCAUCAGGCGGUAUCAACCCCCACGGACGGUGGUUUCCUCUGGCGCAACCUGAAACUUUCAAAAGAGAAAGCCACCCAAUAACUCCAAAACCAGAGCUUCAAAACACAUAGAUCCUGUAGCGCACCAGCCCCUCCGGUCAUCGUCUCCGGCUAACCCCACAACCAAACUUCCAAUUCGAAAAAACAAACAUCCUUAACGAUCCUCAGAGCAGUUCUAACAGCUUAACCCAGCCAUCUUCCACUCAAACCUUCAAUUAGGACUCAUUCAUCUUCGUCCCAGCCCCCCAAAACCGGCGCCCGAAUUUACUAGCAGACCUUCAAGUCGGAAUGAGAAGACUCCGGCGAGGUUCCACUGGACAAAAACCAACUCAUAACAAACUCCUCGACCUUCCCACAGUACCUAGGUAGCUAGUCCAUCACCCCAGUUCGCCGGAAACUCCAGCUCCCCGCCUUCCGUCCCUCCUUCCACCAACAUAGUCCGUUAACCAACCCUACAUUCAUCACCGCCCCCGGCGUUUCCCCAUGACUACUAACGAGAGUCUAUAACUCGCACAGGCAGUUUCCAGUGAGACAUCCACCAAGAAGAAGGAAAAACACCGAGAUCAAAGGGGAAGAACAAGCUAACCUUCAAAAACAUGACCAUCGGCUCCAGCUCUAUCCAUGUAGCCCAGCCAUCUUCCACUCGAACUUUCACUACGGGCUCGUUCAUCUUCGUCCCAGCCCCCCAACCGGCGACCAAAGCUACUAGCAGACUUUCAUGUUGGGUUUUGCAGAAUCCGGUGAGCUACCAUCGGACAGACCAGAGCUACAACCGUCCACGAACCAUUACCCAAAAAUGGGGUUCCAAAAAGCCCAGACCAGACCGACCGGAGCCAGGAGGGCUCCAGCGGUGCGCCUCCGCCGGUGGUGGCGCCGGAAACCAUGAGAGGGGGUAAGAGAGCAAUCUAGAAAUUCUAGUGAGAGAUACUCUUCUUCCUAUUCAUAUUUCAUAUUAAUAUUUUGAGCAUUACUUAAAGGAUCA